AUGUCACAUAAACUACAAUGGAAGAAUAUUGAUAAAAAAAUUGCUGAAAAGUUGAUCCGUGUUCUUGCUACAAACCCAUACGUCCAAAUAUUUCGAAGACUUGCUGAUUUAGGGCCACUUGAUAAUUAUAGAGUCACUUUGAAUGCAUCAGUAGAACUUGACCAGAUGCAGUUUGUAGUAGAUAUCUACAUCAAGCUUGAGACUUCACGUUUGGAUUUUUGUAGAAAAAACCAGUCCAAAGUAAGAGUAGAUUUAUACCAAGGUGUUGUGGACUGUGUUAAUGCCGGUGAGGUUCGACCAACUAUGAUAGAGCAAUGUGUUGUGUUGCCGGCAAGUUUCAUCGGAGGCCCCCGUGACAUGCGACAAAUAUUUAUUGAUGCCAUGACUUUAGUUCAAGAUGACGGGAAUCCUGACAUAUUCCUUACAAUGACAUGCAAUCCUAAUUGGCCAGAAAUAAAAGAUGAAUUACGCCCAUGGCAGUCUGCUCAAGAUCGACCAGACCUUGUGUCAAGAGUUUUUCGUGCUAAGUUAGAGGAUCUUAAAAAACAACUCUUCACAAAGCAUGUCCUCGGUGUGGUUGGUUCGUAUGUUUAUGCCAUUGAGUUCCAAAAACGUGGUUUGCCACAUGCACAUUUCCUCUUGAUAAUGAAGCCUCCAUACAAGCUUACUAACGUUGACCAUUACGACAAGAUAGUAUGUGCUGAAAUUCCAGACCCAAAAAAGUAUCCUAAAAAGCACGAAUUAGUCAUAUCACAUAUGAUCCAUGGUCCUUGCGGUAGCUUAAAAUCUGAUUGUCCUUGUAUGGAUAAUGCACAAAAGAAAUGUCGUUUUAGAUACCCUCGGCAAUUCAAUCAAACCACUUUACAAGGAAAGGACUCAUAUCCUGUGUACCGAAGGAGAGAUAAUGGUAUACAUGUGGACGUACGAGGCAAUAAGAUGGAUAAGAGAUGGGUUGUCCCGUAUAACCCAAAGUUGUUAAUGAUGUUUAAUUAUCAUUUGAAUGUUGAGAUAAAACGGUUUCAGGAUGCACGAUAUGUCUCACAUCUAGAGGCAAUAUGUAGGAUUUUUAGCUUCCCUCUUUCUCAGAUCCACCCUUUUGUGAUGGCUUUGCAGGUGCAUCUCCCAAAUCAGCAGAUGGUUAGGUUCAACGAGGAUGAUACGUUGACUAGCAUUGUUGAAAAGGAAAAAGAUAAGAGAUCAAUGUUGACUGCUUUUUUUCUAAAAAAUAAAGAAGAUAUCAGUGAAAGAGAAUAUAAAUACAAAGAUUUUCCAAAAAAAUUUACGUGGGACACGAGAUCACAUCGUUGGAAUCUUUGA